CAAUACGCGCCUCUAAAGUACGUCGGGCGUGUUCCCGAGUGUCAGGAUUUUUCGACCGGCGCGCCGACCAAUCCCAAGUUCGGCGGGCUCGGCGAUGAUCCCGAGGGUUGACACGUGGUGCACCGAUUCUCCGCGGUCAGUCCGUCGCCGGCUCUCUCGAUCGACCGACGCGUCCCUCUCGCGUUCGCCUCCUAAGGUACCUCGUUAAAUAAAAGAAUGUUCUUGCAAACGCGAGUUAAUCUCGGAAAGCCCUUCGACGGUUCUGCGACGUUUCACUUAAACCCCUUACAAUCGAAACUUUCGUUUCAAUCCGUUACAAUCCAAAGUUUCGUUUAAAUCGAACGCAAUUUCAAUUAAAUUUAUAUUCCAGUCCGAAGUUUCUUCGCGACUGCCGUCGCUGGCUCUCCUAAUCGCCCUGCCGUGUAAACGCCUAAAGAUGCGCUGAUCCCGGAGGGCCGAAAAAAGGGACACUUCAUCGCGCAGAUCCCCAAUUCGGAGUUCCUUGCCGGAUGCUUCGUCCAUCGACAAGAGAAAAAAGUCCCUCUUUGAUCAGCGACGCGGUUUUCCUGCCACCAUAUUGUUCGCGAGGUCGUGUCAACGGUACAUCGAGGCGUUUUCCCUCGCAGAGCACAAUGACGAUACGCGUCCCGUCGUGAGAAUCAUCCCGCGAAGACGUCGGGGGACGGAGAAGCUCUCCGAGGAGCUUUCGGCCGACUUUCUGGCUGGGAAGAACAGCCAAAGAGGGCCGACUCGGCGGCGAAGAGGGGACCCGGAAAUAUGAAACAGCAGAGGAGAAUCGCCAUCUUGGCGGACGCGUAAGGAUCGCCGGAAGUCAAUUCCUCGUCAGGAUGCUGCGACGCCUCCUCGCCACCGUGAUACUGCUCGUGCCGCACCUGGUAGCGACAAACGGAGGACGACUGAUAGACGGUAUUUUCACGGAGCCGACUCUUCAGCCAGGAUACAAUUUGGUCACGACCGUGCCCAAAGGAGCUUCGGCCUUAAACGUGACGGAGCUACGGCACACGCAGAAUUACCUGGCGAUCCGCCUGCAAGAUGGCACCUUCCUGCUGAACGGAAAUUACAACAUCAAUUUAUCCGGGGAAUAUAAAGCGGCCGGAACGACUUUCGUUUACAUCCGUCAAAGUCCGCAGCAUCUGGAAAGCUUCGCAGCACUUGGGACUUUGCAGGAGCCAAUUGACGUCAUGGUGCUGUACCAAGAGCCAAACCCGGGCAUCAUCUACCGGUACAUCAUCCCAGGGAACAUGAACGUAAUGUCGAUUAAGUCACACUCACGUCUAGGUGCAGCGUACGGCAAGACCUCCGAGAUCAGCGUGCCGAACUCCGUGUACCGAAAGUCCGACAACGCAAGCUCGAUGAUCGGCGACGAGGGAAUGCCACCUCCGACUUCCAGGAGGAACCGGAAACGGAAGUUCUCGUGGAAGCCCGUUGGACUGACCGAGUGCACCAAGUCCUGCGGAGGCGGCUACCAGACGAAGCGGUACAUCUGCGUGAGGGAGCACACGCAGAUGCAGGUGCCCGAGAAACGGUGUCACGCCUUGGAAAAGCCGAAGCUCGUGCAACUGCGGUGCAACGUCAGACCUUGCCCGCCGAAAUGGCGGAGCGGACCUUGGAGCGAGUGCUCGGCGUCCUGCGGGAAAGGAGUGCGAGUCCGCGAGCUGGAGUGCGUCCAGGAGGUGAAUCCCAUGCUGACGAUGCGAGUUCCCGAUGGAGCUUGCAUGGACCUGAAGACGCUUCCGGUGUCGGAGUCCUGCGAGACGUCAUCUUGCGAGGAUCGCUCCAGAAUGACCCACGCCGCGCCGGCGCCAUAUUGGGACGUGGGAACUUGGUCCCAGUGCUCCACGACUUGUGGCCCCGGAAGGCGGACGCGCCAGGUUACUUGCAUAACUCUGGGCAAUCCUUGCAUAGUGACGGAAAUGCCGGCAGUUCACGAACCCUGUGACCUAGAACCUUGUUCGACGGAGUCGCUGAAAAAUGUCGUGCCAACUGAUCCCAACGCUUCGCCCUGGCUCUACACCGAGUGGCCUCAAGAGUGCUCGGCAGAAUGCGGAACGGGAUUGUUGACUCGCAGGACCUUGUGCGGGGCUGCCGACGAGAACGAGCCUUGCGAGGAGGACAGCAAACCCCUCACUGUAAGGACUUGCUCGUACAACAGAACGUGCAGUGGUCAGUGGUUCACGGGACCUUGGAGUCAGUGUUCUUCCGACUGCGGCGAGGGCGAACAAGUCAGGGAGGUAGUUUGCGUCACCGCGUUACGUGGAUCGCUUCGAGUGGUCCUGGACAUGAACUGCCCCGUAAAUAAGCCAGAAACGAGGAUAUCCUGCCAGGGACCACCCUGCACAUCGUCCUGGUUCAUGUCCGACUGGUCCGAAUGCACUCGAUCUUGCGGAAAGGGAAUGCAAAAGAGGGAGGUCAAGUGCUUAACACCGGGUGGACAACCUCCCGAAUCGAAUCAGCCGCAAUGCAAGGCCGAAGAUCGUCCGAUUAGCCGCAGGACGUGCAACGACUAUCCUUGCAGAGUCAUUUACGAUGCUCACGAUUCCGAAAAUCCUCGACGAGUGGUACAGGUUCAAAACGAUCCGGAGAUCCCUGACGGAUUGGUUGACGACCCACUCUGCAGAGACAAUAUUUCAAGUUGCCACCUUGUGAUUCAAGCUCGCCUUUGCGCUUACCAGUACUACCAAAACUUCUGCUGCCUUUCGUGCAGACGAUUCAAACAAGAAAACGAAUGACGAUUUGUCGCCCUUGGUACUUGACGAUACGGUGUAAUGUCAUACAUAUCAAUGCCAUCGCUGGAGAUUUUCUGCGUUAUGUCGCAAACGAAGGUACAAAAUUGAUGAGCGAGUUCCAAAGUCCUCGUAAUUGAUAGUACGUUGUGGAGGCCUGACAAAUUACAGCUAUUUCUCCUCGCGACUGAAACGCGGUACCCAUAGAGCGUAUUACAAAUUUACAGUAUUCUGGAAUUACAUCACAAAACUCGUCAAAUGCAAUGAAAUUGUAUUAGUACCUACGUAUCGAUAUUAUACGUAUAUUUACGUAUUUAGUGAAACUGUAUACCGAAUGUUUGCCUCAUAGGGUCGAUUAUUAGAAUUCGAAGAUUCGUGAUUUCUGCUUAAAAAGUCACCCUCGACGCUGUGUCAAAUUAAAUUCUAAAUUCUAAAUAAGAUAAUCAUCUGCUCUUCACAAUUUGCAAUUACUUACACGGUGGUUGGCAAAUGGAUUAUACUUCGGCCGAGUUUUUGUCAUUAUUUUGAAUAGCGAGUAAUAUUGUGCCGCUUUAAGUCUCAAUAUUUUGAAUCCAUUAAUUACUUCAUUCCUCGGUAUAACAGCUUUAGCAAUGAAUCUCAGUAUUAAAAGCAUCAAUAAAUUGCUUUUCAGGAUGUCGAACAAUUUUUUAUUAAUUUAAAAAUGCUACCAAAAAAAUUGUACGCCGAUUCCAAAUUGGAACAGCUUAUUGCUGCCCCUCUCGUCCUGAUAUGAACGCGGUAUUAGAUAUCUACAUUACUUGGUAGAAAAAUGUAGUAAUACGUAAUUCGAAACCUGUAUUACAGGGAGGAUCGGAUAACAACUGAUUUCAAGUACUAUACAAAAUGGCUAACACAUUAGUGCACUUGAAAUCAAUGUAUGUCUUGUGUUCGUACUUAUCUAAUUCAUCGCAUGAAAAAAUAAAUAUGUAUUAACAUAGAAACAAGCAUGUGAGCGAUCGUCAUUAUUUUAAUGAAAAGAUAGAAAAAAGGGGCUUUAUACAUCCUUGCCUAAGUGUAGAUAAUUAAAACUGCAUGCGUAAAAAAGCGUAUAAUGUAAUGCUCUGUGAACGUAUGCGAUAUGUAAAAACGGAUAACGAAAUUCUACCGAUAAAAAAAAAAAGAAAUAUAUAUUUUACCAGAAUUUUCUACACCCACUAUGCGUAAUUUGUAUUAAUAAAAGUAAAGCUUUUUCCCAGGCCAUUUUUCAUUUUACUUUUUGCCAGUAAUCGCUUACCAUAUGAGUAUGUUGGAAAUUUGGUGUAAUGUAGCUUAAUUUCACAUUUAAUUUUAAUAUGCUCUUUUGGGGAGAACGCUGAAAAAUCGCGGUGGUUGUUAAAAAAUCUUUGAUUGGCAUGCAUGUAAUUGUGUAUAAUAAUUGUACCUCCCAUUAUCGGUUAGCACUCUUUUUCGAUCACUUUUGACGAUUGACGUACAUAUUCGCGUCAUUGAAAUUAUGAUUCGUUCAAUACAAUCAUACAAUUACAUUCAGGUACAGAAACUGAUAUCAGUAAUUACUCUACACCGUUCAAAUGAAAUUAACUCCUUAAGAAAUACCAAGAAAAAAAUAUAUACACGUGGAAAUUCUUUUACGGAUUCAUCGUGUCACAGGGUUUUUUUAUCCUGACCAUUGUCGACGUAUCCCAUCGGCAUCUUUGAUGCGCUUGUUGUUUCGUCUUGGCCAAUAAUAAAAGUGGAAAAUACGAAUCGAAGUCUGGUAUAAAUUAGGCUCCGUCUGCAGGUAAAUAUACAGGCAGGUACGUACGCGGUUAUUAAAAAAAAGAAGUGAGUACCAUGUACUCCGACAUAACUACCAAUUUCUCAUAUGUGCUGACCGACGUACCCGUUUAUUACGACGAAGAAUACUAAAUAUGCUGUGUCAGAAUCUCCUUUACUUACCACUCGUAUAUCUCGGUAAUACGGAUAUAUCAGCAUUGUUUGUUUAUGCGAAAUCGCAUCAUUCGUGUACUAACAUCAAUGUAUAAGUGCACUCGAUUGCGAGCAUUGUCGGAUCCAACGGGCAAGAAUUGCCUGAGUUGAUACAAUGAUUAUAGAGGAAAACAAUUUGGAGUAAGGGUCAACGAACUCUCAUGUCAGGGGUCAAUGGACACGGCUAAAAUACCUGUGAUUUUUGGGAACCCCACCGAGUGUUCCAUUUUUAAACAAAAAUCAGAAUAACGCAUGCUGUACUCGAAAAUUUCAAUGUAAUGCUGACGAUGUAAUUAUCGAACAGAGAUUAUUAUUUGUCCUCCAAAACAUGUUGAGUCAAUAUUUUGUAAUGAAUCGUGGAUCAGUGAUAUCGAUGUCAGUGUUAAUAACCUGCCACUCGAUUUUACUAUCACAUUCGUCCCUCACGAUGUGAAUCCAUACUUGUCGUAAUUUAGAAACUAAAAAAAUAGAACAGACCAGCGUGAUUUUACUAUAUAAAAUAAUGCUUAUCGCUGAUAAGGUAAAUGGCUAGUUCACUUAUCUGAGUAGUUAAUGAUGUGGAUCAAGAGACAGUUAUGGACACGCGUAUAUGCCUUGUCACGGUGACAAAGCUGCUGUGUUGUAUAGGGUCAUUAUUACAGUCAUUUAUUAUCAUCGCGAUAUCAGGAGGGUACGAUCAAUGUUCUCAUUAGCGAUGGUCUCCUGAAAGAAAUUGCAAAAAUAAGGUACAAAAGGAGGAAGGGCUGUCCAUUGUAACUUUUUGGACUCAUUCUAGGAUGUCACCGGGAUCGCCAUAACAAAUGGAUCAUUGUUGCAAUAACGCAGUCAUCGUCGCGUAACGAUAAAAUCACAAGGGUGGUAGAAUGUAUUGAAAAGCCAUUUUUAUAUUAUAAAAAUUUUCCAUUUUUAUUUCGCUAUUAAUAUAUUAGAGAGAGUGUUGUCGCAAGUAUCCGAUUCAUUCUCAAUUAAAUGUAUAGCUUUUUUACAUAUCAUGGACUUAUGAUUAAAAAUAUGCAAUAAAUGUAUUACAAAGAAAUUAAAAGUUUAUACCGAUCUUUGUUAUGAGGUCACGUAUAUACAAUUGUUCGAUUACUCGCAAGAAUAUCUAAAAAA